CACUUUAGUCAAUCCUCUUUGGAUCCAACGAUUCCAACUACUUCCAGCCAUGCCUGAAGACGAAAUAACAAUUCUGCAAGGUGCUAAAACUCAGCUCUCGAAGAUAAUGGAGAGCUUGAAUAAAUCCCAUCGGGAACAUUUGCUCUCCUUCGCAAUUCAGGAGUGGAUGACAAUGAAAAUUGGAGUCGAUUCCGAUGACGAAUCAAAUGACGAGGACGAGCACGUCCUUGACGAUCCUGCGGCAAAGCUGAGAAAAAUUGUCGAGGAAAUCCGUGAUAAAAUCCCUCUCAAUGCCAUCCUCCCCUCGGAGAACAUACAACUCCCAACAAAAGGACCUAAUGAUGAUUGCGAUCCCAAAAUUACGGUACACGUCGACGGUUUUCUCUACGAGGACGAUGACAUCGAGGAUCUGGUGAAGGAAGGAAAAAUGUCCAGGAAUUAUUGCAAAGACUGCGGCUCUAAAAACACUAGUCCUCUCAUAUUUAUUUCUCACUCAGCCUCUCGAGACGAGUUGUACCUCAUAUUCAACACCCUUCUGCCCACCCUGGAUGGAAAAAUUCUUCUCGAUGUUGGCUCACGACUGGGCGCAGUAUUAUACGGCGCAUACGUUUAUUCUGACGCAGAGAAGAUAAUCGGUGUGGAAAUGAACAAGGACUUGUGCGAUCUGCAGAACGAGGUCAUUCGUAAACACAAGAUGGAUAAACGAAUUGAGAUUAUUAAUAAACGAAUAGAAGACACUGGGGAUCUGGUGCGAGUGGCUGACGUUGUCGUCCUCAACAAUGUCUUUGAGUUUUAUUUGUCUGAGGAAGAGCAGACGAGUGUCUGGAAAUUCUUGAGGGACAAUAUCAAAAAAGGGGCCUUCAUCGUCUCACGACCUUCAAUAUCUUCAUCUCUAUCAAGUUUAAAUACUGGAAUUGACGUGGACCAGUGGAUAAAGCCUGUGGACUCUGAAAUUGAUCAGCCAGUCAAUUAUUUCGCAGAGGAAACCGAAAGGGUUGACGAUUCAAUGAAAAUAUUCUGCUACAAUGUUUUGUAAAUAUUCCAGAAUAAAUUUAUUAUUUUUUCAACAUCAAAUA